CAAAAAAUAGAACGUCAAGAGUGAAUUAAACAAAUUCUCAUCACGUUGUCUUCACAUUUACUUUAGCCGACUCCUGUUAUCAUAAUAGAUAGAUGAUGAUGGAGAUAUAUAUUUGCUACAUCCUAUGGAUGUUGUGUGCAAUCUUUGUUCAUGGGCAGCUCCAACAAGGCUUCAUAAGCAUUGAUUGUGGCACUUCCGUGAAUUUCACAUACCUAGACAUUGAUACUGGCAUUUCCUAUGCUCCUGAUGAAGCUUAUAUAGACAAUGGGAUUAACAAGAACAUCUCUUCUGAGUAUGCAUAUCCAAACAAUCUCAACCUGCCUUACCCACUUUCUGAUCUUAGAAGUUUUCCUCUUGGAAACAAAAAUUGUUACACCAUAAAGCCCCCUGUUGGAAAAGGCAAUUUGUACUUGAUAAGAGCUUCAUUCUUGUAUGGAAACUAUGAUGGACUAAACAAGUUACCAGAAUUUGACAUCUAUUUUGAUGUCAAUCUUUGGUCCUCUAUAAAAUUUAGUGAAGCUUCUGAGACUGUCAUAACUGAGAUUAUUGGUAUUGCACAAUCAGACAACAUUCAUAUUUGUCUCGUGAACAAAGGCUUGGGAACUCCUUUUAUUUCAGCCUUGGAGCUUAGACCUCUAAAUAAUUCAAUUUAUGAUACCGAGUUUGGGACAUCUGCUUCAUUAGUACUCUUCCAAAGAUUGGAUGUUGGAUCAACCAAUGGAAGUGGAAGAUAUAAAGAUGACAUUUAUGAUCGCCUUUGGUCCUCCUACAUGCUCCCUACUUGGGAUUCAAUCACCACUUCAACAGUGAUAAAUAAUAAUAAUAAUGGCUAUCAAGCACCACAGGAAGUCAUUCAGACAGCUGCUAGGCCAGCGAAUGAUAGUGAACCCUUGAGAUUGUAUUGGAGUAUCGAUGAUCCUAACUCUCAAUUUUAUGUAUACUUGUACAUUGCUGAAGUGGAGAAGCUUGAGAAGAACCAGUCGAGGAAGUUCAAUAUAUCAUGGAAUGAUCGACCGUUGUCUACACCUUUUAGUCCUCGUUACUUAUAUGCAACCACAAUAUCUAGUCCAAGAGCCUUGGUGGGUAAAGAGCACUGGAUUUCUAUAUACAAAACAAAGGAUUCAGCCCUUCCACCCAUCCUCAAUGCUGUUGAGAUUUACUUGGUUAAACAGCUAAAUGAAUCGUCAACAUUCAGUGAAGACGUUGAUGCUGUCAUGAAUGUCAAAACAAUGUAUAAGAUAAGCAAACACUGGGUGGGUGAUCCCUGCGGGCCAAAGAAUUACUCUUGGGAAGGUCUAAUAUGCCAAUACAAUGGUUCAGUUCCUCCACGGAUAAUCUCAAUGAACCUGACCUCAUGUGGUUUGACUGGGACCAUUGCAGCUUCCUUUGCAAAGCUCUCAUUACUGGAAUCCUUGGAUUUAUCAAACAAUAGCUUAACUGGACCAGUACCUGAAUUUUUGGAAGAACUCAAAUAUUUGAAGUUCCUGAAUUUGAAAAACAACCAAUUAUCAGGUUCUGUUCCUACGGCUCUUAUUGAAAGAUCAGAGGCUGGAUUACUUACAUUGAGUGUCGAUGAUCAAGUGGAUGACCAAAAUGUUUGUAGCUCAAGUUCAUGCAAAAACAAGAAGACAAAUUAUGUUCCAAUACUAGCACCAACAAUGUCAGCAUUGGUCCUCUUUAUUGCUUUGCUUGUCAUUUGGAAACUGAGAAGAAGGAAAUCGGCUAAAGAGUUGGUUGUCUCCAGCAAAAAACAUAUCAUAGUAUCAAAGAAGAGGCAAUUUACUUAUGCUGAGGUUUUAAAGAUUACAAACAACUUCAAUACUGUCAUUGGGAAGGGAGGAUUUGGGACUGUGUACCAUGGUCAAAUGGCAGAUGGCACCCAUGUUGCAGUUAAGAUGCUCUCUGCAUCAUCAUCUCAAGGGCCUAAGGAAUUCCAAACUGAGGCUGAGCUCUUAAUGACAGUUUACCAUAGGAACUUGGCAUCUUUUGUUGGAUACUGUGAUGAUGGUGACAACAUGGCACUAAUUUAUGAAUAUAUGGCUAACGGCAACCUAAAAGAUUAUCUUUCAGAUACAAGUUCACAUACCUUGAGUUGGGAGAUGAGACUCCACAUUGCAAUUGAUGCUGCACAAGGACUAGAGUACUUGCAUCAUGGAUGCAAGCCACCUAUAAUACACAGAGAUGUAAAGUCAGCCAACAUCCUUUUAAGUGAGAGCUUGGAUGCUAAGAUAGCAGAUUUUGGUCUCUCCAAGGUCUUUCCAAGUGAUAACCAAAGUCAUGUAGAAACUACAGUCAUGGGCACAACUGGAUAUCUUGACCCUGAGUACUACAAUUCUCGAAAGUUAAAUGAGAAAAGUGACGUUUUCAGUUUUGGGAUCGUUCUGUUAGAGCUAAUCACUGGCCAAUCUGCGAUUGUAAAAAAUGAUGAACCAAUCCACCUGGUGCAUUGGGUGAGUCCUAAGCUUGAAAUGGGGGAUAUAGAAAGUGUUGUUGAUAAAAGGUUGCAGGGAGAUUUUGAUGUGAAUUCUAUCUUGAAAGCUUUAGAAUUAGCAAUGACAUGCACUACACCCACCUCCAGUCAAAGAGCUGCCAUGAGUCUUGUGUUAUUAGAACUAAAAGAAUGUUUAGCAAUGGAAUUGUCUCAUAGUCAAGAGAAAAAUAUGGGUUUAAGGGAGGAGAUUAGUGCUAAAUCGUACAAUUCAUCUGAAGUGUAUUCUAAGGAUAUUGAUUCCAUGACUGGUCCAUUAGCAAGGUAGAUUAUUAUUAUUAUUAUUAUUAUUGGGGAGAAUUAACGGCAGAAGCAAGGUAGAUUUAGAUGGUCUAAUUAAGGUAAUAAUGCCAAGUUACCAUUAGUUCCCCCCCACCCCCCCUCUUACCCCUUUUAUUGAGGACUUUCAAGUGUGUGAUUUGUUGUUGCUUAUUCAUUUUUGUCAAAUAGUUCUUUGUAUAUUGCCAGUUUGGGUUAUUAUUAUUAUUAUUUUAUUUGCGAAAUUAGCUUCCUAGUAACUCAUCACAUAUGUUAGAUAUUAAAUUUGAAGCACAAUUAUUAUUUUUUUUUUUUUAAAGGAAAACACUUGGCAUUUGGGACCUUAGAAAAAUUGGGCUAUGUUGAACCCAAACUGUCAAAAUCCAAAUUAAACCUAAUUUAGUUUCUAAUUGUUGUCUAAUUUCACUUAUGUCAAAUUUAUUUUUCUCAAUUUUGGUGCCAAAUAACCUUUUUAUAAUAGUAAUGACUAUCUCACUCAUCUAGGAUGUAAUUUGUGCAUAAACAUUUAAAAGUUGUGAUGAUAAGAUAAUAAUGUGAUUUGGAGCUUGCCAAAGAUAAAAACAUUCACACAAAGACAAAAUUUAAUAUAGUUUGGCCAACUUUGUAUUUAUCUUCUUACAAGCAUUGCCAACCUUUUUUUUUUUUUUGGGAGAAACUACAAGCAUUGCCAACCAAAACAAUAAAAAGAAGUAACAUAGACACAUAAUUAAACAUAGCCAAUAUAUUCUCACACAAACAUACUAAACAAUUCUAAUCUUUGUCUUUUAACUAUGUCUCUUAAACCUUUUUCCCCCCAAACUCUUUUUAAGUCAAGUGCUUUCUUGUUCAAAGCAGCUCACUGUUUUAAUUCAGCCUCAACAGCGAAUAAAAAUUCUGUUGCUUGAUUUUCCAAUCCUUCUAGGGAUGUGCCUAGGAAGCUAUCAAAGUCGUUGAAUUUACUUUGGAACCACUUUGAGUAAGGUUCUUACCGCACUGAACCAUCCUCACCCACAACUUCCUAUUCUUCCAUGGCCAAGGGUAGAGAAAAAGCAAGUGGUUCAACAGCUAGAGGCAGAUUAGCAUCCUCCGAAACGGUGUCCAAAACCCAAUCCUCCACAAGUACUUCAUCCUCUUCGAAAUGAGCCAAUGAUACAUCCAUAGAGUCUGAAGACUUCAACGGAACCAAGGCCAACUAGUUUUGCUCUUCCAACGCCUCGAUGGCUUCACCCCGGUGGCAAAGAUAUCUGAAUCAGAACUGCAACCCUCCUUCCGUCUCGCAAUUCAAGCACCCACUGCUCUGAAUUCCCCCAUUUCUUGAUUACAUUGCUGGAAUGCUCCUAAAGUAUCAGUCGAAGGUCUCGCUGCAGGUUCUCUUCACCAUCUGAUGUAUUGCCAACCCAUUCCUGGCCUUAUCGGAACCGAGAAUCUUAGUAGCAGCUUCAUUGGAGACCUUAGUCCACUUGGUCAGCAUCGUUAGGCUAGUUAGAUCAUCUUGAGAAUGCAUCGGCAUAGCAUCCAGGGCUUAAAAAAACCUUCUGUGGGCUUAUAUUAUCUUGACCCACUUCCUGGACUUUGGAGCACUUAACUUGCCACCGACCAUCCAGCCCACAAUCCAAUCUUAAAGAGACAUCCAGCGUUAAAAGAGCAUCAGUGCCAUUAGAAACAUUUUCUUUAAUCUCAAGGAUGAAGCCUUUAGAUUAAAGACAGAUAGAGAUGGCAGUUUGACGGCUAGUUAGAUGAAAUCCAAACCCCCUCCACCCACUACCCAGUUUUCCUUCUGGUACAAGGAUGAAGCCUUUCCAACAGCCAUGAACAAGUUCUGAGAUCAUAAAAAUAAAAAAAUUGCCAUAUGCAUUGGAACCCAAUUGCAGAAUAAAAACUUUAUCACCAUCCUUGAAGGUUCUUGCAAAAUUUCCAAGAGGUACAUUGGACAUGAGCUCCUCCACAUUAGCUAGCAAACACUUUGCACUUUCUUUACCCAUGAACACUGACCGUAGAGAAGCCCUAUUUCUUUCAUAUAUGCGUAACAUGUAAUAAGUACCUCCCUCCUCAACCAAAAAUUCGAAAGUUUUGGACUCGAAA